AUGCAUACCAGCUCAUCGACCACGACGCCUUUUUCAGUCAAGGAUAUUUUGAAACACCACCAUGCCUUUGGAAAUGAAUUCUUGAUGACUGAGCAAGUUGUUCCAAUGCAUCAUCCACACAUGCAUGAUACGUCCCGGACCCGGGACUUGUAUGAUUGCCAGGCAGAACUCGCUGGGAUGCAGGAGAAGGUUGAUAUUCACGACUCAGCUGCAGAAGAGGAGAUAAACGAAAACGAGAUGAGCGGUCUUGACAGUUCUCCUGACUGCGACAGAAAGUCACAACGCGGGCCCAGGCUGCGCAGGAAGCCCCGGGUCCUCUUCUCUCAGUCCCAGGUAUCGGAGCUGGAGAGGCGCUUCAGGCAGCAGCGUUACCUGUCCGGCCCGGAGAGAGAGCAACUAGCCCACAUCCUCAAACUCACCUCCACGCAGGUCAAAAUCUGGUUCCAGAACAGGAGGUACAAAUGCAAGCGCCAAAGACAGGACAAGUCUCUGGAGCUGGCGGGUUAUCCACCUGCACCAAGGAGGGUGGCGGUGCCGGUGCUGGUCCGGGACGGAAAGCUGUGCGGCGCAGGUUCCCAUCCAGCUCCUUAUAAUGUGACUUUUGGACAUUAUAACCCCGUGUUUGAAUAUGGAAACAGCAGUGUGUAUAGCUGCAGUUAUCACAAUGUGUCACCUUCAGCCGCACAUAUGUCUAAUAACCACCUGGCUGAUUUAACAGGUAACACAGAGGGGCCCUUCAGCCACGGACACUUCCAGGCUUCAUUACAGGGUGUAAGAGGCUGGUGA